AGUCAUAUAGUAUAUAUGUCUUGUUGAAUUAUAAUUAAGUUCAAAUUGUUCAUCUUGUUUAUGAUUGUUGAACAGAACACAACACAAUGUUGGUUCCUCCAUGGCUCAAACCACUUCUCAACACACCGUUCUUCAAUGUCUGCACGAUUCACAGCGACUCUACGAGAAGCGAAUGUAACAUGUUUUGUUUGGAUUGUAAUGUUGACGCUUUUUGCUUCUAUUGUCGAUCCUCAAGACACAAAGAUCAUCAAGUUAUUCAAAUAAGGAGAUCUUCGUAUCAUGAUGUAGUGAGAGUUGGUGAAAUUCAGAAAAUGUUGGAUAUUAGUGGAGUCCAAACAUAUGUGAUUAAUAGUGCUAGAGUUUUGUUUCUGAAUGAAAGGCCACAGCAAAAAUCUGGGAAAGUGGGAGCUUAUAUUUGUGAGAUUUGUGGAAGAAGUCUCUUAGACCAAGUUAGGUUCUGUUCUUUGGGAUGUAAGCUUGUAGGAAUAAAGAGAAAUGGGAAUGCAAGCUUUGUUUUAGAUGCUAAUAACAAUGGAGUAUCAACAAUGGAAGAAGGGAUGUCAAGAAGAACAAUGUCUUCAAGACAAGAAGAAGAGGAAUUGCGUGAAGGCUCACAACAAGGCAUGUAUCAAGUCACACCUUCAAAUGCAAGAAGAAGAAAAGGAAUUCCUCGUAGAGCUCCUUUUGGAUCCUAAACAUUUUGUUUCUCUUUAUCCUGUCUUUAAAUUGAACCCGACUUACUUGCAGCCGAAGAUUUCACGCAACCAAAUAUCAAUGAAUUGUUAGAAGAGAAUCUGACAAUAUCUUAAUUUAAGUCGAUCGGAUGAUCAAUAAUAUCUUAAAUACGUAAACUCUGAUUGACUACAUAUAAGAUAGAUUCGGAUGUUUCAAAAUCGAUACAAUACUCAAAAUUCAAAUAAUCAAUUUUUUAUUUAUUUUUGAAACAAUAAUUAAACCCUUUAAGGGAAUCUCAUUCGUAUAAUUAAUAUUUUAAAGUGAGAAAAUGAUAUAUGGUUGGUGGUGAUAGGGUUACAUUUGUCAUAUUGUCUAUGAAGUGGGAAAGUAAAAGAAAAGGGUAUAUAGGAAAGUUCCUUCUUUUGGGUUAUGGGUUAGAAAACAACAAAUUGUGCCUUGUGAUUGUAAAGAACCAAUAAUGCAUAUUUGUUUAAUGCUUGAAUAGUUGUAUGUGUAUAUGUAAUUAAGCAAUCAAAAGCUAUACUUUGUGAA